UUGCUCGGGCAAUUUAGUCCAUAGGUUUUCAAAUGGAUUCCACGCUGGCCGAACUCGGUCGGCACUAAUCACAAACCAAACGUGCUAGUUAUUUUAUUUAUUUAUUUUUGACAUAGCGAAACGUGCUAAUUAUUAUUGGAUCCUCCCGUCACCCGCGGCUAACCCUAUAGUUUUCACUCAUAGGCAUAGGCAUAGGCAUAGCAAAACCCUUUAGGUGAAGGUGACUAUAAAAGGUUUUCAUCUCCCUCGCAUUUCCUGCCACUCCGUUGCCAGGAGCCUCACGUAAAUUCCAAUCUACGAAUGGAAGUUCUCCGUUUUGCCCCUACGCAAUCGCCUCUCCGCCGCGCCACAUUUCCCGGCAGAGACUUCACGGAGGCUUCCUCAGCCACUAUCCCGAGCUGCUGCCGACCGAGAUCUUCUGCGGUCGCCAGGCUGUCAAAGCCGGCGCCGGCGCCGACUUUACCGACCGUUGAGGAGCUCCAUUUGGCUGCGCCUUUGUCUCCUCCUCCACCUCCGGCGCCGGAGAAGCCGUUGUUGGUGGUUCCGCCGAGCUCACUGCAGUGCGAGAGCGGGUAUUUGGUGCCGAAUAGGUAUUCUGGCAGCUGUGCAGCUGGAGUCGGUUCAUUGAAUGCAAUGGAAUAUCUGACUAGUAUUCUGUCGUCGAAGGUGUAUGACGUGGCGUAUGAGUCGCCAUUGCAGGUGGCGUCGAAGCUGUCGGAGAAGUUGGGAACCAACGUCUGGCUCAAAAGAGAGGAUUUCCAGCCUGUUUUCUCGUUCAAGCUUCGUGGGGCUUAUAAUAUGAUGGCAAAGCUUUCAAGGGAACAACUUGAAAGAGGAGUGAUAUGUUCGUCAGCUGGAAAUCAUGCACAGGGCGUGGCAUUAUCUGCCCAGAAACUGGGAUGCAAUGCUGUGAUUGUAAUGCCCGUUACUACUCCAGAAAUAAAGUGGAGAUCGGUUGAAAGACUGGGGGGGACUGUAGUGCUUGUGGGGGAUUCAUAUGAUGAAGCCCAGGCUUUUGCCAAAAAGCAGGCUGAAGAGGAGGGCCGCACAUUUGUUCCUCCCUUUGAUCACCCUGAUGUAAUAAUAGGGCAGGGAACAGUUGGCAUGGAGAUUGUGCGACAGAUGAAAGGCCCGAUAGAGGCAAUAUUUGUGCCUGUCGGUGGUGGUGGACUUAUAGCUGGCAUUGCUGCCUACGUAAAAAGGGUCUCUCCAGAAGUGAAAAUUAUUGGAGUGGAACCUUUUGAUGCCAAUGCAAUGGCAUUAUCGUUGCACCAUGGCCGGCGAGUAGCGUUGGAUCAAGUGGGAGGUUUCGCUGAUGGUGUAGCAGUCAGGGUCGUCGGUGAAGAGACUUUUCGUCUUUGCAGGGAACUGAUAGAUGGGGUUGUUCUUGUUAGCCGUGAUGCUAUUUGUGCAUCAAUAAAGAACAUGUUUGAGGAGAAAAGGAGUAUUUUAGAACCUGCAGGUGCCCUUUCCCUGGCUGGAGCUGAGGCUUAUUGCAAGUACUAUGGACUCAAGGGUGCUAAUGUAGUAGCUGUGACAAGUGGCGCUAACAUGAAUUUUGAUAGACUGAGAUUGGUAACUGAACUAGCAGAUGUCGGUAGACGCCGUGAAGCUGUAUUGGCUACUUACAUGCCAGAGGAACUGGGAAGCUUUAAGCGGUUCUGUGAGCUUGUCGGGCUUAUGAAUAUCACUGAAUUCAAAUACAGAUUCAAUUCAGAUAAAGAAAAAGCUUUAGUACUAUACAGUGUUGGUCUUCACACAGAAGCAGAACUUGAUGCAAUGGUGGAAAGACUGAAGCUGUCCCAACUACAUACUAUUAAUCUCACAGAGAAUGACUUGGUUAAAGAUCAUUUGCGACAUCUGAUGGGUGGCCGAUCAAAUGUCAAAGAUGAGCUACUGUGCCGCUUUGUUUUCCCUGAGAGGCCAGGUGCCUUAGUGAAGUUCUUAGACGCCCUUAGUCCACGCUGGAAUAUUAGUCUGUUCCAUUACCGCGGACAGGGGGAAACCGGUGCCAAUGUGUUGGUUGGCAUCCAAGUCUCCGAUGCUGAGAUGAGCGAGUUUCGGGAGCGUGCAAACAGUCUUGGCUACGAGUAUGAAAUGGAAAGCCAAAAUGAAGCUUUCCCGCUUCUAAUGCGGUGAAGGUGCGAGCGACUUAUCUUUUAAGGGCUUAUAAGUUGUCAGAAGUGUGUUAUUGGAGCAUGAUCAUGUAUUUUAGUAUAUUCUGUGAUGGUGCAAACAUCAAGAUAUGGCCCAAGCAAAUCUCAGUGCUCCAUUUCUACUGAACAUAGCAUUUAUAUGUAAUAGGAUGCCCCCAACACUUGAACUGUUUAGAGUUGCAUAAUUUAGAAGAGUCUGAUACGACUUGUUUCUUUUGUGUAAUAAUGUAUCAAAAUAUGACAAUGCAGUGAUGCUAUCCUGCUACUUAAUUAAAUUACUAGUGUAAGCUCUUCUGUUGUA